GUAUUAUUGUUUACGACUGGUAACCUGACUAUUCUAUAUUCGACGCCUUUUGUAUUAGCAAAGAAUUCUAUUAAAUUAUGACAACACCAGACUCGCCUGAAGAAGAUAGAAGUAGAAAGCGUAGGAGACAAACAGCAUCCACAUCCCGGUCGACAAGUUCGGACAGUUCUUUUGAAAUCGAAAAGAAGAAAAAGAAGCACAAAAAGGAGAAAAAGAAGCAUAAACAUUCGAAAAAAUCUAAGCAUAAAAAAAAGUCUAAAAAGCAUAAAAAGCGAGAUGAAAAAGAAAGAGAUUCCUCUCCUGACGCACCAAAAGCAGCAAGCGAAACUAAGGAGACUCCCAAAAAUUUCAUGCGUCCAAUGACUUAUGACGAGUGGAAGAAAAAAUCUCAAGAAAUUCGUCGAGAAUUUGAUCCCGAAAGUGGACGGAUUAGACUAAUUAGGGGAGAAGGGGAAAUUAUUGAAGAAAUAGUCAGCAAAAAAAGGCAAAUGGAAAUAAAUAGAAAUUCUACACUGGCUGAUGGGGAAUUCUAUGCUAAAACUGCUGGAACUUAUAAACAGUAG